GGCCCGGCAUGGGCUCCGCGCACUCCGUGCCCGCCGAGAUGCGGGAGCUGGCGGACAGGACCGGCUUCACCUCUGAGCAGAUCGAGCACCUGCACCGGCGCUUCAAGCAGCUGAGCCAGGACCAGCUCACAAUCCGCAAGGAGAAUUUCGACAGCAUUCCCGAUUUGGAAUUCAACCCAAUCAGGGGGAAAAUCGUCCAUGCCUUUUUCGACAAGAGGAACCUGCGGCAGGAGUCGGAUGGGCUGGCGGAUGAGAUAAACUUCGAGGACUUCCUGACCAUCAUGUCCUACUUCAGACCCAUCGAGAUGAACAUGGACGAGGAGCAGCUCGACCGCUUCCGGAAAGAGAAACUCAAAUUCCUCUUCCACAUGUAUGACUCAGACCAUGAUGGGAAGAUCACGCUGCAGGAGUACAGAAAUGUGGUGGAGGAGCUGCUGUCGGGGAACCCCCACCUGGAGAAGGAGUCGGCCCGGUCCAUUGCCGAUGGCGCCAUGAUGGAGGCAGCCAGCAUCUGUGUGGGACAAAUGGGACCAGACCAGGUCUAUGAGGGCAUCACCUUUGAAGACUUCCUUAAGAUGUGGCAGGGGAUCGACAUCGAAACCAAGAUGCACGUCCGCUUCCUCAACGUGGACACCAUCGCGCACUGCUACUGACCCUGCCUCCUCCUGGCACCCGCAGGAGGAAGAGGAUGAGGACAAGGAGGAGGAAGAUGAAGAGGACCCUGCAGCAGCUCCAUGCUCCUGGCACCAAGCGCUAUGUCCCGCGUGCCUGUCCCAUUGUGGGGCUGCCCUCUGCUCUCUAGAAACACAAGAGGGUUUUAUCUGUAAUAAAAGGUAUUUCUCUUUUUA